AUGACUCCUCCUAAUGGCACCACUACCAGUAGCCCUCGCAUAUCAUCGUCGUCGUCUGUGUUUGCUGCUUCACAGAUAUCGUCCGCCCUACUCGGCAGCCCUGAAACAGAGAAGGCACUAAUCUCCAAAGACAGUAGCGAUUCCGGCGAUGGCCAGUUCCAUAUCAGUGACGACGAUGCGGGGAAGGGUUCAUCGCUCAGCGCCUUUUUGAACAUCAUAUGUGUGGCCAUCGGCGUAGGAUCUCUGCAGCUCUCGUAUACGCUCCGGCAGAGCGGUUGGGUUGGCCUCUUGUUUGUAUUCGUUGCUGGCACCGUUGCAUUCAUCACCUCCAUAAUUACUGUCCGGUGUAUGUAUCUGAAGGCGGGCGGCGGGAAAAUCAGCGGGUUCCACGAAAUCGGACUCGAGGCCUUUGGCAAGCCUGGCUAUUACAUCGUGUCUGCCUUCAACAUGCUCGGCAUUAUCGGCUCUGUCGGCAUCUAUGCCAUCCUCUCUGCCAACAACAUCUCCGAGAUGCUUGCACGAGUGAACAUCCACCUGAGCUCGCGCUUUCUGAUGCUCAUUACCACCGCUACUAUGUGCAUUCCAACGCUGCUUACGCGGACGCUGGGAGAGACGUUCCUGGUCAGCCUGAUCGGCACUGCCACCUCAAUCAUAGCCACGCUGAUAGUUAUUGUCAUGGCAAUAGUUUACCCGAUUCGCAAUGGCGAGAUGCACAUCAGCAGUAACGUCGCGCACUCAAGUCCGAUCCACCAUUUUGCAGCCUUGCCUAGCGGCUUUGCUGUCUCGCUUUCCACCAUGUCAUUUGCAUACGUUGGAUCUACAAUUGUCCCCCACCUGGAGAGUGGCAUGCGGCACCCAGAGAAGUUUGGUAGAGUAUUUGGUUCUGCGCUUUUCGUCGUCACCUGCAUCUACGUGGUCAUGGCAUCGACCGGAUACAGCGCAUAUGGUGAUAGGACGCUGUCGCCAAUAACCCUAAAUUUCCCAAGGACAUGGCCGACGUUACUCGCAGAUAUAUGUAUUACCAUUCAUGUGCUGUUUGCUGGCCCGCUGUUUCUGGUACAGAUGGCACUGGAAAUUGAGAGCGGCCUUGAUAUCGCCAGCAAGGGCAAGCGGGCCGAAGUCAUUUGGCGUCUGUGCGUUCGGAUUGGUGCUGCGUUGGUUAUCCUGGGCAUGGCAGAGGCUCUGCCUUUCUUUGAGGAUGUCAUUUCGCUUGUCAGCGCACUAACCAGCCCGGUUCUUGUCUAUCUGACACCAAUUGCAGCAUAUAUCAAGCUGAAGGGUUGGCGUAAUAUCCGCAAGCGCUCUCUGCUGGGCCUGAUGCUGCUGCUGGCGUUUGGUAUUGUUGUCAGUGCAUUUGGGCUUGCUGAAACUAUCCGGGCCAUUCCGAUCCCAGUGGGCGGUCUUGCCUACGCAGACAACCAGAUGCAGCCCUUUGGCUUGGUGCGAAUGGGCCGCAUGUUCUCUGCGCAGGACUACACUGCCGACGCUUACGAUGCUGAGUCGUCAUCCGAUGAUGUCGAUCAGUCAUCUACCGAUCUAGAUUCGUCUGACACACCCGACUACAGUAGUGUUGAUGUCGUUGCAGCGAGCUUCGACUCUUCGUCGUUGGCACCGCCGUGCGAGUCGUCGGCUGCCCCUGCGGCGACUUCUGAUACUGCUUCGCCCCCUGCUGCUGACAGCAGUGAUAGUGCUGCUUCGGCUGAUACUGGAGCGUCGGCGAGCAAUGGCUCAUACUCUGCCUCACCGGCAGCGGCUCCUGCUGCUGCUCCGGCUUCGCUGCCCCGGCUGCUGCCACAGGCUACGCAUCAGCUCCCUCAGGUACUGUAG